AUGCCGCGAGCCGCGAGCCGCCGCCCCGGGCCGCCCCCGGGACAGGCGGCCGCGGCGUCCCCGCUCCUGCUGCUGCUGCUCGCCUGCUGCGCGGGCGCCUGCCGAGGUUUUCCAAUGUUACCUCAAGGAUUACAGCCUGAACAAGAACUACAGUUGUGGAAUGAGAUAGUUGAUGCUUGUUCAUCUUUUCUGUACAUUGAUUCCCAGCCUCAGGCAUCCAGUGCACUGGAGGAGCUGUGCUUUGCAAUUAUGAGAAUUCUACCAAAGCCUCAGGAACAAGAUGAAAAAGAUAAUACCAAAAGGUUCUUAUUUCAUUAUUCGAAGACACAGAAGUUGGGCAAUUCUAAUGUUGUGUCGUCGGUCGUGCAUCCAUUGCUGCAGCUCGUUCCUCAACUGCAGGAGAGAAGAAUGAAGAGGUUCAGAGUACACGAAAAAUUUCAAAGUCCUUUUGCAAGUCAAGGUCGAAGCUUCUUUUUAUUCAGGCCACGCAAUGGAAAAAGGUCAGCCAGUUUCAUUAAAAUGGAUGCCAGCUGAUUUUCCACACAAGCAAGUGCUAUGGAAUACAAAAUCUAUUGACAUUUUUUCUUCUCAGAAACAAUCCUUGCU